AUGAAAUUGGACAAAUUCAGGACCGUUAUACUUGUAUGUACCUAUGUCUGGUACCUAGCAGCGGAUACGCAACUCUUCGCUCUGGGGUUACUAGUUUGCGUGGUAUGCCGUCGUCCAGGCUCGCAGGUGCUGGUGAUUGGCGCGCUGGCCGUCGCUUCGCUAGUGAUACCCGCUGCGCACACAUACUUCCAGGACUUCGAUGCGGUGUCUUAUCAGUCUCCCGAAAUGUUCCGUACCUUAUACAAGAAUUACGACACGUUCCGCACAAUGUACAUCGGUGCUCACACUAACCUGUCCACCUUCAUCGUCGGCCUCGCUGGAGGCCUUCUGGCCUUCCACUGGCUCAAGAACGAGAAGGCCUUCUCUGAGAAGUUCAAGAGACACCGCUGGGUUGUGUGGCUGGUCGUCCCGUUCAGCUUCGUCUGCGUAUUGUCCAGCACCGUCCUCUACACGGAUGGGUACGAGCCGUCGAUGACGACCAAGCUCCUCUUCGCUGUCCUGAGGAAGCCCGCCAUGCAGCUGCUUACUAUUGUGAUUCUGAUGGGGUGCAUCUUUAAGGCAGAAGACAUAGUUCGUGGCCUUCUCGAAUGGCGUGGGUUCACCUGGAUAGCACGAGUCUCGUACAGCGCAUUCCUGAUACACACGAUCAUUCAACGCGGUUUGAUCGGUACACAGAGGCUCCCGAUCUUCGCAACUGACAUUUUCCUGGUAAUGAUCCUUGCAGCGACAGCCUUCCUGUCGCUAGCCGGAGCAGCAAUCCUGUGGGUGACAGUAGAGGCUCCCCUAGCUACUGUAGUCAAAAACAUAUUCGUCCCAGCCAAGACAGAACUAGUACGUGCGGAGACAGCGGAAGAGACUACUAAGGUGUAA